AUGACGGAUUUGUGCAAUCAAAUAUUAAAUAAUCAGAAAGCAAACAAUAUCUCCCAGCACGAUAUCAUUAAAAAAUUCCCACAGUAUACCAGACUUCAUAUUAGUACGGGAGUCCUGGAUGCUGAAAUUCUUCAAAAUCAAGAACAGCUAGAAAAUAAAAUCCUCCAAAACUUGAAACCACCGAAAAUAUUUACUUACUCGCUUUCUGUUAUUGAAGGUCCUCCGGUUCGUUUUUGCAUAAUUUUAGCCUUUUCGAAUAAUAAAUUUCAUAAAGAAUCGAUUACAAAGGUUUUGGAGGACAAUAAGGAUCCUAACAUUAAGUUUGACGAAACUAAAGUAUUAUCGAUCAUAAAUGAGUUUAGAAAAGUGCUUGGCAAACCAAAUUUGAGAAUAUCACGCUCAGUCAAUAAAAAUCUCACAGAAAUGAUUGCCAAAUCAAGAGAUGAUACAGAAUUUUACAAUAAUGCCUUUAAAGAUAACAGUUAUUCCUUCAUAUUUGAUUUGGCCCCGAACCAAAAGGACUUAAAUAUAAUUCAGCAUAAUCUCUCAGGUUACUACAACAGAAGACUUCUCUACGCUGACAUCAACGAGGUCCAAAUUUCUACUAAUCAGACAAAAAUUUACUUACUUGCUAAAGAACCAGAAAACCACCAAAGAGAUGAGCUUAAGAUUAGUGAGUAUGUCUACCCAUACCAUGCUCCGCAGCCCCAAAGCCAAGUUCCAAUCCAGAUUCAUACACAGCCACCGAAGUACGACCAGCCAAAGCCACAGAAAGAGGAAGAACCACAGCCAGAGAAGCCAAAGACCACAGCCAAGCCCGUACUUCUCUCAUGGAAACCAGGAGAUACAGAAUCUAGCAAGCCAAAGCAGGAAACACCAGCCCAGACAGAACCUCCAAAGCCAGAACCAAAGAAAGAAUCAAAGAAACCAGCCAAGGACUCUAAAUCUGGUCAAGAUCAGAAAAUUGCUUCAGGAAUGGAACGUGUUACACCUCAAGUUGUGGUAGUUCCUGAUGUUUUACCAAUGGCCUCAACAAAAGCCCAUGUUGACGUUCAAAAUUCCCAUAAAGAAACAUCUAAUUCUUCCCAGAAGCCACAGAGAAACAGCAACAGCCACAAACAGAAGAAGGAUGAUGAUAGGUUCCGUGUCUGGACCCCAGCUUUGGAAGCAAAGAAGGCAGAACAGGCAAAUCCAGCUCCGGCCACAGAAAAACCAAAACCAGACCAAGAGAAACAGAAAUCGAGGAAGCAGAAGCCAAAGAAGGAAACCGAAAACCAGAAACAGGAGACACAAAAACCAGAAAAUUCAAAAAAACCUUCCCAUCAACAGGAAAGGCCAGAACCAGCCCCACAAGUAGCUAAGCCAAAGCCAGAACCAGUCAUUACCCCAGAAGAGCUCGAGAAGCAGUUAAAUGAAAAAUUAUUCCAAAUAAAGUCGGAUAAGAAUCUUCCAAUCCAAGCACUCGAAGUACUCCAUCAAGAUCUCCAAAUCUACAUCAAAUCAAUUAGCAAUGGCCAGAUUGAAUUCACCCGCGACCAAACUAUUUUAAUUCUCGAACCAGUUUACAAAAAGAUUGAGCCGAUCAAGAUCCAGGGAUCCCUCAUUGGCGAGAAGGUCGUUGAAAAUGUUUUGAAGCAGACAUUAGAUUUUUAUGAAGGAAGUGGCAUCGAUCCAGUGAACGACAAGGAGAUGUCCUUCAUGACAGCCAUCAUCUGCAGCAAGGACAAUAAGAAAUACGUUGGAACUGUUGUUUUUGCCAGCAUUUCGGAUGAUAUGUACCAAGAUAUCCUUCUUCACAACAAACUCAACCAUAAAAGAGACGAACAAGGCCUUCCUCCACUCAUUUUCGACCCGAAGAUCAGAGAAUUCGCUGUUCAGGGCAUAAAGUAUAUGAUUGAACAGAAGAGAAUCAUUUCUUUCAACGACGACCAGAAGGAAGCCCUCAAGCAAAUGGAGAACUCCACUAAAUACAAUGGAAUCGCCCUCCAACUCGCAAUUCCAGAAGAUAAGGAUAAGGGAGAGCUCUUGAUUCAGAAGUUAAACGACGAAAAAGCUCAAUUAUCAAUCCUACUCGGUGAAUACAACCACGUUGGCAUCCACAUAUCUAAGUUCGAAGGUGAAAAUUACUACUGUGGAAUAUAUUUUGUGAAAAUUGAACAAUAA